UUUGUUUAUUAUUAUUAUUAUUAUUAUUAUUAUUAUUAUUAUUAUUAUUAUUAUUAUUAUCUUUAUUUUAUUUUUAUACUUUUAUUUUUAUUUUUCUUUUUUUUUUUGUCAAGAUCGAACUCGGUAUCGAUUGAUUUUUGAGAUACUGAAGAUCAUCGAGACGGAUCGAGAAUUAUCAACGAUCUUUUGUAAAUAUUCUUAACUUAUUAUCGAUCGUCAUCUGACAUUUUGAUGAUCGAAUGAAUACUUGUUAAAGUCAAAGUUAUCUUCUCGUUUUGCUAAUAAAGUUGUUAAUUCGUAUAAGUAAUGAUAACAUUUUAUGCGACGAUUUUAGAUUAAAGAAGAAAUAUAAAGUCGCAUAAGGUGUCAAUUUGUCUGCCUACACGUGUUCGAUUCAUGGAUAAACUUUGCCAUGUUGCUCAUUUGAUCCACCGCCAUUUAUUAUUUUCUUCUAAGAACAACGACAUAUCUGUGAUCCGUAUUAAAAAAAAAAAAAAAAAAAAAAGAAGAAAAGAGCAAAGAAAGAGGGAAAAUAAAAAGAAAAGAGAACUACAAGGCGUAGUAUAUAUUAUACCAUAAAAGGUAUCUAAUGUUAAUAUAUUUACAUAUAACGAUAUAUCAAAGAUAUAGACAUAUUCAAUUUCAUUCAGAAAAUGAUAUCUUUGGGGAUCUUAGAUUCGCCUAAAACUUUCACUCGAGAAUAUUUUCACUAAUAACAAAUUCUAUUAAUGUCAAUCGACUAAUUACUAUUAGUAUUGCUAAAACGUACAUAUGUACAUACAUACAACCGUUUUAUCAACGGUUUACGAUCUUUAUUGUCAGUUCUAGUUGAUAUCGUUCCAAUCUAUCUCUACGAUCUUUACUAUCGAAUUAAUAAUAAAUUGUGUAUUACUAGUUAUGUCUAUAUGUCCUUUUAACAGAUCUUAUUGUUGGCGGCUGGAUUGUGUAAAAAAAUGUUAUCGAUUGUGCACUAUGUUAUAAAAGGACAAUAAAAGAUAUUAAAACGAUGAUUUUUUUUAAUCUUUGAAAUACCUUCGAAAUAAUUUCUUAUAUUAGGAUUUUGAUAAUUUGAUCAUUCAGAGGAAAUUUCUGAUAUCAAUGAUCCGUAGCAAUCGAUCACUCUCUUUCUCUCUCUAUUUCUGAUAUAAGAAUACAAAUCUUUUAAUUAUUAAGUUUCAUCAUUGUAUUUCAACGAAAUUAAUCAUGCAUAUGUUGACUGUUUCAAAUAUAAACUUUCUUAUGUUAAAUUCAUAGAAAAAUUUGUAAAGGUAAAGGAAUUUUCAAAUUUCACUUUUAAAUUUACCGCGCAAUGAACUACCAGACACGUGAUAUAACCUCUACGCAAGCGCCAAAAUUUUCCUGCGUUGGCAUCACGAAUUAUAAGCUCGUAUAGUGACAGCAAAGUAGUGAACAGUAGCGUGUUACAAUGCAACGUUUAGUGGAUCAGAUUUGAGAUAUGUAUUUUCUAGUCUGCGCAAAAUAUUUCUGAUUUUGUACGCCUUGUAUGUGUGCAGACGCAAGUUAAAGAUGUUAGCUUAUAGUUGAUAAUUAGUCUGAUAGCAUUAAUCAUGAUGGAUUACGAAUUUAAAAUGAAAGCACAGAAGGAUCGGACUAAAGUUGAAGACCUUUUUGAAUUUGAGGGAUGUAAGGUUGGAAGAGGUACAUACGGGCACGUCUAUAAAGCUCGUAGAAAAGAGGGUGUACCCGAUAGUGAAUUAAAAUCUCGGCCUGACACUAAAGAUUUUGGCCUGAAACAAAUAGAAGGCACAGGUCUAUCUAUGUCUGCUUGUCGGGAAAUUGCUUUACUCAGGGAAUUAAAGCAUGUCAAUGUCAUUACACUCAUACGCGUUUUCUUGUCACAUAAUGACCGCAAAGUAUGGUUACUCUUUGAUUUCGCAGAACACGAUCUUUGGCAUAUUAUUAAAUUUAAUAGGGCAGCAAAAGCAAAUAAAAAACCAGUAAUGGUACCAAAAAGUAUGGUUAAAUCCUUAUUAUAUCAAAUUUUAGACGGCAUUCAUUAUUUACAUUCCAACUGGGUUCUUCAUAGAGAUUUGAAACCAGCGAAUAUUUUAGUAAUGGGAGAAGGAAACGAAAGGGGACGUGUCAAAAUCGCAGACAUGGGUUUUGCUAGAUUAUUUAAUGCUCCUUUAAAACCAUUAGCAGAUUUAGAUCCUGUUGUAGUAACAUUCUGGUAUAGAGCACCAGAAUUACUGUUAGGUGCUAGACAUUAUACUAAAGCUAUAGAUAUAUGGGCUAUUGGUUGUAUAUUUGCGGAGCUGUUAACUUGUGAACCUAUCUUUCAUUGUAGGCAAGAAGAUAUUAAAACAAGUAAUCCAUACCAUCAUGACCAAUUAGAUAGGAUAUUUAAUGUUAUGGGGUUUCCAUUAGAGAAAGAUUGGGAAGAUAUUAAAAAGAUGCCAGAGCAUCCAACGUUACUGAAGGAUUUUAAAAGAUCUAACUAUGCGAAUUGUUCAUUAACAAAAUAUAUGGAUCGGCAUAAAAUUAAACCCGAUAGCAAGGCAUUUAACCUGUUACAAAAGUUGCUAAUGAUGGAUCCAAACAAACGAAUCACGUCUGAGCAUUCUAUGCAGGAUGCAUACUUUCAAGAAGAGCCACUGCCAACUCAGGAUAUAUUCGCCGGAUGUCCUAUUCCGUAUCCAAAGAGAGAAUUCCUUACAGACGAUGACACAGAGGAAAAGACUGAAAACAAAGCAAGGCAGAAUCAACAGCAAACGCAGCAACAAAAUCAACAGCAACAAGGAAACGGCGAUCACAAUCACGGACAGAACGCAAAACGUGUGAGGCUAAAUGGACCCCAUGGAGCUCCAGAGUUUCAUCAACAUCAGAGUCAUGCGAUGACCCAUCAACAACCACCCACUAUGGUAUAUUCAACCGCCCAACCAACUCAGCCAUCGAAUAUUCAUCAGCGUUUCUAAUUCCUCUACGAAAAAGAAAGAAAGACAAAAAGCAAAAGUAAUUAACUAAGUAUCAGUAAAUCAAGUCGUAUAAAAAAUUGGAAAGAAAGAUCGUUGAUUGACUGUAUAUUCCCAACAAUAUUACAAUACACAAUUUUAUUUAUAUAUAAUCCCUACGUGUACAUUGUUCUAACAGUCCUAACAGUUUUGAUUUUAGAUUUAGAAAACAAACAAAAAAAGAAAAAAAAAAAGAAAAGAGAG